GUGUGAUCAUAUCGAUCGCCAUGCGCCCGUGCGGCGGCGCGCGGGAGCACUACUCCUCCUCCGGCCGCAGCCUCCUCGGCGCGCCGCCGGUGGAGGCCCCGUCGUUCGAGGCGCAGCGCGCGCACCUGGAGCGGGCGCUCGGGGCGGCCACGACCGUGGUCUUCCUCGCCAGCGUCUCCUACGUCGCGCUCACCACCGUCUUCGGCUGCCUCUGCGCCGGCGCCGGCGGCCGCGGGUCCCGGCGACGCGACCGCGAGCAGCCCGCGGCCGCCGCGGAGGAGACCAAGCGCGCGCUCGAGGAGAUCCCCGUGGUGGUGGUGGUGGCGGCGCCGGCGCGGGACCCUGGUCGCGGCGGCGGGGGCGAGGAGCCGGCGGGGGAGGAGUGCGCGGUGUGCCUGGCGGAGUACGCGGGCGGGGAGGAGGUGCGCGUGCUGCCCGCCUGCCGCCACGGGUUCCACCGGGAGUGCGUGGACCGGUGGCUGCUCACGCGCGCGCCCACCUGCCCCGUCUGCCGCGCCACCGUCGCCGCCCGCCCCGAGGAGCACGACGCCAAGUCCUGCGCGAGGGCCGGCGACGCCGCGCUUCCUGCCGUAGGACCCUAGAAUGUGGCAACGCCGUGCUUACUAUAGCAGCGUGUAGGAAAGGAAUCUGUAAUGGUGUUCAGCUCAGCGGUGGCUCAGCCUUGUUGUCAAGAACACGGCAUUCGUUGUAGGCGGAAGGAGAGAACAACAUCGAUUCGAUCAGUGAGAUGGCAUGCUAGAUCAAA